AUGUUGACAGUUGUGUUCGGAUUGGGACCAGGUACUUGCAUGCCCGUCUCGUUCGCGGACAACACCUCGCCCCUGAUGCUCAUCCACCAUUUCGGUAUUUUCCUCCUCUUCUUCAUGGCUACCUGUCUCUUCGUCAGCACCUUCCUCAAGGCAGCUGCCCACUUCCCUGCAGCUGCCCACUUCCCUGCAGCUGCCCACUUCCCUGCUGCUGCCCACUUCCCUGCUGCUGCCCACUUCCCUGCCGCUGCCCACUUCCUUGCUGCUGCCCACUUCCCUGCUGCUGCCCACUUCCCUGCUGCUGCCCACUUCCCUGCUGCUGCCCACUUCCCUGCCGCUGCCCACUUCCCUGCCGCUGCCCACUUCCCUGCAGCUGCCCACUUCCCUGCAGCUGCCCACUUCCCUGCCGCUGCCCACUUCCCUGCUGCUGCCCACUUCCCUGCUGCUGCCCACUUCCCUGCCGCUGCCCACUUCCCUGCUGCUGCCCACUUCCCUGCAGCUGCCCACUUCCCUGCUGCUGCCCACUUCCCUGCUGCUGCCCACUCACUUGCUGCUGACCAUGUCCCUGCUGCUGUCGUCGACGGCAAUCGUCUCUGA